AUGGGGACGAUCCUCAUGGGGACGAUCCUCAUGGGGAUGAUCCUCAUGGGGGCGAUCCUCAUGGGGGCGAUCCUCAUGGGGGCGAUCCUCAUGGGGGCGAUCCUCAUGGGGGCGAUCCUCAUGGGGGCGAUCCUCAUGGGGGCGAUCCUCAUGGGGGCGAUCCUCAUGGGGGCGAUCCUCAUGGGAGCGAUCCCCAUGGGGGCGAUCCUCAUGGGGGCGAUCCUCAUGGGGGCGAUCCUCAUGGGGGCGAUCCUCAUGGGGGCGAUCCUCAUGGGGGCGAUCCUCAUGGGGGUGAUCCUCAUGGGGACGAUCCUCAUGGGGGCGAUCAUCAUGGGGGCGAUCCUUAUGGGGGCGAUCCUUAUGGGGGUGAUCCUUAUGGGGGUGAUGCUUAUGGGGGUGAUGCUUAUGGGGGUGAUCCUUAUGGGGGUGAUCCUUACGGGGGUGAUCCUUAUGGGGGUGAUCCUUAUGGGGGUGAUGCUUAUGGGGGUGAUGCUUAUGGGGGUGAUCCUUAUGGGGGUGAUCCUUAAGGAGGUGAUCCUUAUGGGGGUGAUGCUUAUGGGGGUGAUCCUUAUGGGGGUGAUCCUUAUGGGGGCGAUCCUUAUGGGGGCGAUCCUUAUGGGGGCGAUCCUUAUGGGGGCGACCCUCAUGGGGGCGACCCUCAUGGGGGCGACCCUCAUGGGCGCGAUCCUCAUGGGGACGAUCCUCAUGGGGACGAUCCUCAUGGGGAUGAUCCUCAUGGGGGCGAUCCUCAUGGGGGCGAUCCUCAUGGGGGCGAUCCUCAUGGGGGCGAUCCUCAUGGGGGCGAUCCUCAUGGGGGCGAUCCUCAUGGGGGCGAUCCUCAUGGGGGCGAUCCUCAUGGGGGCGAUCCUCAUGGGGGCGAUCCUCAUGGGGGCGAUCCUCAUGGGAGCGAUCCCCAUGGGGGCGAUCCUCAUGGGGGCGAUCCUCAUGGGGGCGAUCCUCAUGGGGGCGAUCCUCAUGGGGGCGAUCCUCAUGGGGGCGAUCCUCAUGGGGGUGAUCCUCAUGGGGACGAUCCUCAUGGGGGCGAUCAUCAUGGGGGCGAUCCUUAUGGGGGCGAUCCUUAUGGGGGUGAUCCUUAUGGGGGUGAUGCUUAUGGGGGUGAUGCUUAUGGGGGUGAUCCUUAUGGGGGUGAUCCUUACGGGGGAGGUGAUCCUUAUGGGGGUGAUGCUUAUGGGGGUGAUCCUUAUGGGGGUGAUCCUUAUGGGGGUGAUCCUUAUGGGGGUGAUGCGGAGAUAA